AUGGAGCCGAAACUGGAGGUACUGUGGGCUAAGCAUGGAUCGAUCUCUAUGGUUGAUCUUAGGAAUGAUUUUUUUGUGGUUAAAUUCACAAGUUGGGAAGAUUAUCACAGGGUACUAAGGGAGGGACCUUGGUUAAUUGCUAACCAUGAGUUGACUGUGAGGGAAUGGAGAGCUAACUUCAAUCCAAUGACUGAAGUGUUGGAGGAUAUUUUGGUUUGGGUCCGUUUAUCAGAUUUGCCUUUUGAGUGUUAUGAGGAAGAGGUGCUGCAGGUUAUUGGGGAUCAGAUUGGUAAGACAGUGAAAGUAGACAACACCACAUCCUUCCAAUCUAGAGGCAAGUUUGCAAGGUUAGGAGUUCAAGUGGAUUUGAUGAAGCCUCUUCUGCCAUAUUUAAUCAUGGAAGGAAGGGAGUUUAAGGUUGAAUAUGAAGGGUUGCACUUAUUAUGCUUUCAUUGCGGUAGGUAUGGGCAUAUGGAAAGAGAUUGCAAGGAAAAAGGAAAGGACAUGUAG